AUGUCGAACAUAAGAUCCCUUAGCGACCUGAGGAAGGACGAAAAAAAAAAACAAGGAACGCGCGGUCAGAACAGCGGACUUGAAGUGGAAAACUCAGACGAUGAUAUGGUCCCUAGUUUCUUCACGUCCAAACUGCCAGAAAACUGUAGACGCAUCACGCUAUAUAAAAAUGGGUUCAUCGUAGAUGAUGGAGAAUUCCGGGAUUUAGAGAUUGAGGAAAAUAAAAAGUUCAUGCAAAACAUCGAGGCAGGUAUUUUGCCCAAGGAAUUGGCCGGCAAGGAUAAAACGAUGAAUGUAGCCUUAAAGGAUAAGAGCAACCAAGUCUACACAAAGGAGAAAGUGGAGACCACUAGUUCAACCUACAAAGGACAGGGAGUCAAGUUAGGGUCAAGUAGCACACCAAGUGUUAGCGGAGAAGAAAUAAAAAAACUUGCAGCAUCUGCCCCGACAGAUAUUAAAAAUAUCCACGUAGAUGAUUCCAAGCCUAUUACGACAUUACAUGUCAGAUUAUAUAAUGGAAAAAAAGUUUCACAAAAAUUUAAUUAUGACCAUACUGUGGAAGACUUGUUUCAGUUCGUGUAUAGCUACACCCCUGUCAAUUUUUCUCUCUUUUUUGAUUUCCCCCUUAAGAAAAUUGAACGCAGCGACCAGACAACACUGCAGGAUGCCAAACUGAUAGAUAUGCUCAUUACGCAGAAGCUCACGCAGUGA